AUGUCCAUCCCCAUCCUUUCGAGUGGGGGUGGGGGAGUGGCAGUCCCAAGUGCAUUAGCUGCAAUCGGAGAAUCAGGUUGGAUACCCUCUCCAUUGGGAGGGGGUGGUUCUGGAGCAAUGUGCCUGGAGGCACUCCUCCUCAACAACUAUGGGAUUGGGCCUGCAGAUGAGUCUCCAGGGUCUCCAGGGUCUGGAGGGGGCAAGGUCGAUGUGCCUGGUUCUGGCGCAUCAUUUGUGUUUGUGUCAGGUGGCUUGUCUAUAGGCAGCACUGGAUCUGGCGCCUGCUGA